AUGAAGCUGAUACUCUUCACCUCACUGACCAGCGUGCGCUCUCCUAUCAGAAAUCUCAUGACAAGCGGCGGACCGUCCGUUAUCAGACAUCCGACCACUACCAAAUCGAAUAUCGAGCUGAUCGACUCGCUACGGGCCAACUUUCAAGCCGCACAGCAGCUGGCGUCAACGGAGACACAGACGGAGACAGAGAAAAACGACACUGCAGCCUCGAAGAAAUAUCUGGCCUGGACUUCGGAGCAGAACGAUGGGCUUUACAUCCCCGCCGUCGAUUUCUCGCAGCGCGGGCUGGCGGAGGAGAGAUCGCAGUACGAUAUCACGGUGAAGUUGUUCUAUCUACCGGGGACCCCGGUGUCGAGACGAUGCGCGCACACGCGGGAGGCGAUCGAUCUGGUCUUGAAGGAGUUACAGGUCGAUUCGAUUGAUCUACUCAUUGUGUCUUUCCCGGGGAUCCUGUUCGAUGCGGAGGAUGACAGCGACGAAGAGGUAUCCUCGGACAACGGCAGCGAAGAGCCGGAUGAUUUCGACAGUUUUAUCCAGUCAUGGCGGGCGCUCGAGGAGCUACAUGGGCAGGGCAUGAUUGCUCAGCUUGGUGUCGCUGAGUUUGGCAGUGAGAGACUCGCCCGCUUAUUGCCGCACACGAAGGUCAAGCCCUCCGUUGACCAGAUCAACCUCAAGGACUGCUGUGUCGUCCCCAAGUCGUUGAUUCUCUAUGCGAAACAGGAGAAAAUCCAGCUGCUUACUCACAAUGACUGCAAUGACGUCCUGCCUGUGGGGACGACGCGCGAGCUUCUUGGCCCCGGUGAAAAGGGCGCGGGAAUUCUGGCCUCGUCUCCGGAUGCCGACGACGGGAUCAAGGGUGAUAUCGAGCCGCAAUGGGUGGUCAAGUACACAGCAGUGGUGAAGGACCGCGGGGUGGUGGAGAACAAGGGAUAUUUUGCACUCGCAGAUGUGGGAUGCUGUGUUAAAUCACGUCCGUGA